CACAAAGCACUUCAGGCAGCUAAUUGAAACCAACUAGGGAGCAUCAAUGUCUUCAGUUGAUGAAAACACCAUUCACAUAAAAUGACUCGACGGUCCCAGCUUGCUGGUUCUUCUCGACGAUUUCAUCGAGACAGUCUCAGAUUCUCUUGCAUUCAACAACUGACUCCAAUAUCCGUCUAGCUAGAGCGGCCAACACCCCCUACAAAAUGGACAGAGAAACCUUACAAAAGCUUCGCAACAUGCACUUUGGCGGAGGCUCUGGAGGAGGUCGAGGCGAGGCCAGCAGCGGAUGUAGCCACGGAGCCCCUUCUGUCGCAGGAUCCGUCAACGAGUCUCUUGAUAUCGGCGAAGGCAACGAUGCUUUUACCGGCAACCGAUGGGACUCGAAUCCAUCAGCUCCGGCGGGCCGCCCGCUUAUCGGCGCUCCACACCAUAUUCCGCCCCAGAGCCUCCAGAAAUCACAGAAGCCGGCCGGAUAUCCACUUCAGCAGGCCGCGCAGCCGCCAAUGCCGUCCGGAUACCUACCCCAACAGCCCGUGCAGCCAUACAUGCCAGUUGGACAAGGUCCAAUCGAUCGUCUCGUACCCUCGGACGCGGCCGCCAUGUCUGACAAACGUGAAGAGGUCCGCAAGGUCUUUUGGCCGGAAAUCAAGUCCUGGAUGACCUCGGACACAGCUCUUCAACAAUUCGCCGCCCCUUGCCCCAAAUGCUCAACAUCCAUGACUGCUACGCCCGGCCAGAACUCGAAUCGGGCCAUGGUCCUCGUCUGCGGCCACAUCCUGUGUGUUGCAUGCGUCAAACACAUUGUGAAUCUCUACAACGUCGGUCAACCCAAGUGCCCCUACUGUACGGGUUUGAUCGGCCCUUACUCGCAGUGCGCUCAGAGCUGCCAGGAUUUAGGCAUGGUGGGGUUACCUUUGCCUAGGACCAUGGCAGAGCUCGACAAGUUCCCUCUUACCACCCCCGAGGGCGCCUCCCGCCCUUCGUGUUGCUUCAGAUGCCGCGCUCUGCGCGUCGAGAGAGCGACCAAUUCGCUAAUGAGAGCCAUACUCAGCGAGACCAGGUCUCGCGCGGUUUGGGCUCCCGGGUACGACCACAAACCGGACGGGAAAGAUUACAGCGAUUACAAGCGUGUACCUGCGCUGGACAACAUUAUGAAGCAGAUUCGAGACAUUGCGCAUAGUGAUUACAUCUAUCAGAAAUAUACUUGGCUGACGCCGACUGCUGAACAGAAAAAGCAGGACGCCUGGGUGGAGAUGCUGGACACGGGGCGUCAUGUCUCCUAAGAGUCCCGAAGGUUCGUACAUGCUAUGAAUCGUCAAGUACGCGUGAGGGUCGGGUAGGCUAGGUAGCGAACCAAAGGGGAUGAGUCAAUGGGACAUGGCAGGAAAACAGAAGAUCAGGAUUGAAUCAGCAUAUGUACCAGAGACCAUAGCAAGAGUAGACUAGACCGAAAGGAAUCUGACUACCUUCAUACCGAGGUCUUUCUCAGACC